AUGCCUCCCACUAAGGGAAAGGGCCGUGGGAAGAGGACCCAGCCAGAGCCAGAAUCUGAUGUCGGAGAGAUUUUGGCUGACAUCCACCCAGUCCAGGCCAUGCAGGAUGACCUCGCCAGGGACACGCCAACCGAACAGGAUGUAUGUGACGACUCAGCAGAGGAUGAAAUGGUUGCCAAGAAGAACAAGAUGCCAGAGCUGGAGUCAGCAAAAACAGUAUCGGAUCAUCGGCGCAAGUGGGACAGAGAUGAAUAUGAAAAGAUUGCCAGAGAGAGGUUGGCUGCAGAAUCACUCUUUGACGAAGAUGAAAAGGAAAAACCUGUUAAACGUGAAUUACUUAAACCUAGGGAGUAUAAGGUCGAUCUCGAUUCUAAACUGGGAAAAUCUUCAGUAAUCACUAAAACAACACCAGCAUCUCAGCAAGGAGGUUAUUAUUGCAAUGUGUGUGACUGUGUUGUUAAAGAUUCUAUCAACUUUUUGGAUCACAUCAAUGGAAAAAAACAUCAAAGGAAUCUGGGUAUGUCCAUGAAAAUAGAGAGAUCAUCAUUAGACCAAGUUAGAGCAAGAUUUGAAAUGAAUAAGAAAAAGAGAGAGGAGAAGAAAAAGGAAUACGACUUUGAGGAAAGAAUGAAAGAACUAAAGGAAGAGGAAGAAAAACAGAAAGCUUACAGAAGAGAAAAAAGAAAGAGGAAAGCCAAUACUGAUACAGAUCAAGAUAUGGACUCUGAUAUGGCAGCAGUUAUGGGAUUCUCAGGAUUUGGGACAUCCAAAAAAUGAAUUUAAUUUUUUUUAACAAAAAAACAGACGAAAAAGAUAUUUUUGGUGACAUACUACAAGUGACUCCAUGUUUCCAUUACAGUUUAUCUCAUGAAUCAUAUCUCUAUGAUACAGAGGCCAUGUAAAAUAUUUCCCUUUGUAAGUCUCCAUAUGCGAUGUGAGUAAAAUGUGACAUGAGGGAAAAGUGUAAUCCAGGUGAUGAUGGUCUUCCGUGCAAGAUAUCAGUCAUUUCUAUGAAUGCUAAUAGAUUACACACCGACUGCUGCAAGGAAUUUUAUGUAUACAGAAGUCUCUUAUGACCAUCAUUUUGAUCCAGUUUUGCGUCUAAUGAUGUGGACUUCACCAUAAGCUAAUAACAUCAGUUUUGGUUUUUCUUAUGUCAACUACAUGGCGUAACAUGCAUUUCUUAGUAAAAAGUGAUAAGUCGUCACAUUUAGAAUAAUUUGUGACAACCCCAGUGACAGUGUCAGAAAGAUUAUUACAUUGUGCAAGGAUGUUGUGUAUAAUUUAUUGCGUGUAUUUUGUUGAGUUUGUGUGUAACAGUUUAAACUGACAAAAUUGAGUAUUGGUCAUAACUGACUGGUCAUAAAAACAGACUGAUUCUACAUUUUUAGUUUUUUGAGUCAUCAGCUGAACAUUACAGCUACAGAUGGUUUACAGAGACUGACAUUGGUAGGGAGAGAGCUGUGUAUGGCCUCAUAAAAGAGUUGUUUUUAGGUAGAAGUUUUUAAAAUGGAAAAGAAAGAAAUAUUUUUUAAAAUGACACUUCACCACAUUUUAAACUGGAUUUGAUGUCAAAAUGUUUUUCAUUUCAACACUUUGUCGAGAGACCGACUACAGCCUUUGAUGUGUCAGUCUUGGAACAAUGGUUGGGAUGGGAAAUAAACCAAAUUCAUAGAGGAUGAUUAAUUGUGCAACCCAUCUAUUCUCAGGCAAGCACUAGUGACAGCUAAAUCAUGCCCCAUGUUAAUAAUUAUGGUUAAGAUUCAGUAACUUAUUGUAACAAUAUUCUGGACAGCUUCUUGCAAUAAGUAAUCUUGUAAUUUUUUAUCUAAAAGUAAUAAAAUAGGAAAGCAAAAUAUAUUUUUGUUAACA